AUGGGUCACCUCAAGAACCCAGCCCACAACCCCCGAUAUCCGCCACCCCCGCAGCCGCCGCCGCCUCCCCAGGUUCUACGAUCUCCGCCACCCCUACAGCCGCCGUUGCCGCCUCACCGGGCCCUCCAGGUUGUCGUGGGUCACCUCAAGAACCCAGGCCCCGACCCCCGAUCUCUGCCACCCCCGCCUUCGCCGCCUCCCCGGACCCUCCAGCUCGUCCUCGACCACCUCAAGAAACCCAGCCCACAACCCCCGAUAUCCGCCGCCACCACCGCAGCCGCCGCCGCCUCCCCGGGCGCUCCAGGCCUCCAGCCACCUCGGAAUCCCAUCCCGCAAACCCCGACAGCCUUUUCAGACCCGGUGACUCUCUUGAUCAAGGAUUGGGCGGACUGCCGUGCACUGUUUUCGCCUGGGGGUGCUAAGAUCGUCGCCAUCAUCUCAAAGAAUUUUUCUCAACGCGAUCUCCCUCUCUUAGAGGACUUGAUGAAGGAGGAGUUGGCCAGGCCGCCGGAACUCCAGGGUUUUGUGGUCGCCAACCCUGAAAUCAUUCCUGAGCUACGGACGAAAAGGGCGAGGCCUCUCGCGAUGCUCCGGGAGGACCCUAAAGGUCUUCAUCGGCCACCUCAUCAGCCCAGCCCCCAACCCCGGAUCUCCGUCGUCCCUGCAGCCGCCGCCACCCCAGACACUCCAAUCCUCCAGCCACAUCCGGAUCUCAUGCCGCUAUCGCCGCCAACCCCUUCAGACCCGCCGCCAACCGCUUCGGACCCGCCGCCAACCCCUCCGCACCCGCCGCCUUUCUUGAUCAAGGAUCACGUGUACUUCCGUGCUCUGACUUCGGCCGGGUCUGCCAGGAUCGUCGCCGUCAUCUCACCCCAGUUUCCCCUCGACCAGCUCCCUGUCUUAGAGGCGACGAUCGCGACGGAGUCGAACAAGCCGCAGGAAUCCCAGAGUUUCGUGGUCCGCAACCCUGAAAUCCUUUCUGAGCUACGGAAGCGAAGGGAACUCCUCCUUACGACCGCGUGGGAGCUCGACAGCAAGAUCACAGAGUGCAAUAAGCUCGUCUGUCAAAUGAAUGAGAUAAAGGGCAACAUCCAGUCCGUAGAUGGUCUCUCUCUCGCUGGCAUCGAUCGCCAGAUCGAAAUCGUGGCCGGCUUCAUCGGGUCCCUUCGUCGGGCGCGCCUGGACUUGCAGCGUAAGCACCGGAUCUAG